UGCGUCAUUCAUGAUGUCAUUAGCAAAAAAAAGGAAGCUCCACAAAGUAGAUGUUAAUUACCAAUAAUUCAAAACAAAAACAAGUUUAGGUUGAGCCACUUUAUCACAAUAUCUGUUAAUUUAUAUCGAUGAUCUGAUUUAUUGUGAUAGGUUGCGUUCAGAGCACGCGCUCCAUGGUUUACCGCUGUUCAGUUGAAGAGAUUUAGCUACCGAUGCUAGGCGGCAUGCUAACAUCACGAGGUUGACAUCUCAUGUGCAGUGGAUCAUGUCGGACCUGGACAGCCUCAUUGUCACCUUUCAGAGCCAGCUCUCUGAUGUGAUGGAGGCUUUGCUGAAAACGGCGAUGUUUGAGGUGAGCAGGUUGGUGGAGGAUGUCUUCAUGGUGGAGGUGAAGCGCAGCAAACAGCAGGUGGAGUCUCUGAGGCUGCAGCUGCAGUGGACUGAGGGCAAACACGGAGGGGACUCACAACACAGCGACCAGUCUGUGGGGAGUGACGCCGAUCAGAGUCCUGAAACUUUAAAAGUAGAGGAGCGACAUGAUGACUCCAUGGGUGACAUGACCAAUCCAGGGGAUGUGGUUGAACAAUGGUUGUCAAAUCAAGGGCAAGAAUGCAAAACAGGGUCUGCAGAAAAUCCAGAAAUCCUUCAGAGCCCCCUAAAAGGGUCAAAGUUAACAGAAGGGACGGAAAUCAUUUCAACUUUGGAAAUGAAAGAGGAAGAAGUAAAGAAACCAUCUUGUUCUUCCCUGCAUAUGAGACAGUGGUGCAAGACUCCAGAUUGUGAAGCUGAAUCAGAGACCCCAGGUGAGGUGGUAGAAGCACAGCCAACACCAACCCAGGGAAACACAGAAGAGUUACUGAGGAAUGUUGUUAAGAGAGACCCACAGAUGUCUACUGUAUGUGUGUUUCCUGACAACCACGAGGAAACGGACAUUGCUGCAGAGAAAACCAGUGUUUUAGGUUUUGGACUCCAUUCCAGGUGGGCUGACCUGUCGGCCACAGCAGCUGGACUUCUGCAUAAUCACAAGCUGGCCCAAGAAGGUGGAUUUGAUAAAGGCUCUGUGAAUUAUAUGGAACAUGAGCUAUCCAGCCCAGUCAGAGCAGAUGUUCAGUUUACUUUAGUUAAAGAUCAAGCAUCUUGCUCUAAAUCUCCUAAAGCCAGACUGCAACCCAGCAACACCCUGGGGGUGACAGUUAAAGAGGAGGUCAUGGUUGAUUCUGAUGAGUUUAAGGAAAGUGGGGCUGCAGAAAAACCACCAUCAAAGGCUGGUAAAGAACCAUUCACCUGUUUGUCACAGGAACAGAGGGUGCACUCAGAAACACACAAACCAAACCAUAUUUACCACAGAUCCUUGGUGCAGGAGGGAGUGAAGCUUCAUUCUCACAAGGGUUCAGGACUCAGGCUACAGACAUCUAUGCAGCACCUCCACCGGCCCCUUAAGAAAGCCACACACAAACUGUCCCACAUGACGACAACAGCGCACUCUGAUGCUCACUCUCAGGUUGUACACUUAAUUAACCCCACUAGAGGCUCCCCACCAUCUAAAAGCACUCCCUCCACACUGUCAGUGCAGUGUGUUCACAAACAGACCUUAGCUCUGAACCGAUCCAAUGCCUCAUUGGUUGGCAUCAAAUCCUACAAUCAGUCUCUCCCCUCUGCUGCCUCCCUUUCUGAUUCCCAGCCCUUCAGGCCCUUCCUACAAUGUGAGGAGUGCGACAAAAGCUUUCCUCAUCCCAGCAGGUUGAAAGCCCACAUGCAGAUUCACACAGGCGAGCGGCCUUUCCGUUGUCCUCUCUGUGGCCACACUUUUACUAAGCUGAGCAACCUCAAAGCCCACCGGCGCGUCCACACGGGGGAGAGACCUUACUGCUGCUUGGCAUGUGGCAAACGCUUCACCCAGAAAUGUAACCUGAAACGCCACCAGAGGAUCCAUCUUGAUGUUUGACUGUGGAAAUUUAAAGGAAUAAGAAAAAUGUGGGUGUGUGUCAUAGAUUAGGAGGCUUUAAGGCCUAUGUUACAGUUUGUGUGCUGCAUCAGAUGACUGCAUAUCUAAAUUUGAAUAGUUUGUCUCAUUCCUACAAGGCUCAUUUGCUAAAGUUGUGCAAGGCUUACUGUAGGAUGAGAGACACUGCUGUAAGUAUCAUGCUGUUUGAUGGGCCAGCUGUAAGUUAUACAUCCAUGUGAACGUUUAGUUAUUUUGUUUAGUUAUUAUGUCGACUGUAAUACAUUUAAAAAGUUCAUAAAAAAAAUUGGCACUUAAAGGUAUUGUGGAGGUUUUUUUUGCAAAUUUUUUAGAAGAGCCGCCCUAUCCACUUAAAAGAAAAAUCUACAUAGAGAACCCUGUACCCGCUACUGAGAGGGAACGCCUAUUAAACAAGUGCUAGCCCAUUUCUCUUCAUGCACACUCUGUUUAAAAGUUGCUGUUCUCAUAGCUCAUCAUAAGCUCGCAAGCAUACUGUGACCGAACAUCCACCCUAACUGCUAAAUCCCUCAAUUAUUAUAUAGAGCAGGGACUAUAUAGUGGACUUUAUAGUGAACUCAGUUAACUGACCGGACAGAUGAUCUCUGCUUUUUGGUCCCGGUUGGUCACGUAACUCCUCCUACCCCACACGGUGCUGAGUCGGUGAGACGGUGAGUCAGUCCAGAACAACUUUGGUUUUGGUUGGUUUGCUUUUCCACAUGUCUACACUUCCUUUCCAUUGGGCAAUACAAGGUAUUUCUAUUCUAUUACUGCCAGUACUCUACAAUCUAAACAAUCUGUUAAUUCUGCCCUCUGCUAAAAUUAAGUAGGCUUAAGGAUUUCAAAAAGCAACAUAUCACCCUCCUAUAUACAUACAUUUUUAAAAUUAGUGAACAUUUCUUAAAAUAAGUGUAUUUACCCUUAAUUUGAGGAGGAAAAUAAGACGAUAUGCCAAUGCAAUGUGCAUUGUUUCCCUUAAAAAAGAUAAUAAGAUAUUAUACCCUUAAAAUCAGAGACUGCAAUUGAUUUGCAAUUGAUUGAUUUGUGUCUCACCUGUUCAAUUCAAGAAAAAUGCACUUCUUUUAAAAAAAAGUAUCAGUGUUUUUUUGACAGCCAUCUUAG